AUGGAAAAUGGAAAAAAAAAUAGUGGCGAUCUUGUCAAGCUGAUUCCAGGUCGAGUUCCACCUGCACGACUUGCUUAUGACACAAACGACAGUACCCGUAAGGUUCACAAUCUGUUAAGCCUAUACAACAAAAUCGAUGUACCGAACGACCGGAUAAUAUUCAAGAUUCCUGCAACCUGGCAAGGUUUGAGGCUGCAAAAUUGCUGGAGUCCGAGUUUACUCAAACGCACUUGA